GAUGCGCAGUUAACGCAUGCGCAAAUCAAAGAUAAGAUCAACGAAAAUCAUAAUUAAAAUAAAACCGUUAAACAUAAAAGUUUAUUGUACCUAGUUCAAUGUCUCUUUAAAUUUAAUGUUAACAUUUAAGUGCCAAAAUAGUUUUAUAAUUUAGAACGGUGUUUAACUGAGUUAUUACGUUUACAAAAUGGAAGAAGUUUAUACAAUUAAAGUGAAAACAAAACAAGAUACAAGAAAUCUUUAUCCUUCGGAACGAAGAUAUUCGGCCUCUACUGUGUCUGGACUGGCUUUCAUACACAUCCUAUUGGCCGUAAUGUUCAUAAUACUAGCAUGUCUUGCAGCAGCCAGCCCAAAUACACAACCAUCAUCUAAAUCAACAGAAUUAGAUAUUAAAGUGAAAGAAUACCAUUUUAUUAUUUUAUUAACGCCGAGUUUGCUCAGUUUAGUCGCUCUAAUCGCUGGAUUAACAGCAAAAUUAGCAUCAGCACGAUGGUAUGUUGACAGGAAUAUAAGAUUAUUAUUUGCUGUAAGUAUAUUAUCAACACUAAUAUCAUUGUUCAUGACAUUAACAAUGUUAGUUUGGAUAAUUACUACAACCAAUCAAGAAAUUCAGAAAGACUUGAUUUUUAUCAAGUAUUCUGAGAUAUUAGACAAGAAUGACUCUUAUAUUGUCAUUCCAAGAAAUUUGACAGAAACAAAGACGGUAAAAAAAGAUUAUACUUUCUUGAAACUCACUUUGGCAGUAAAUAUUUUUGUUGCAGCUUUGAUUGAGUUUGUAUGGUCAUUAAUAUGUGUCAAGGUAUCAUACAGAGGAAUGCUAAAUGUUUACAAUUGUAAAGAUGAUAAUGACAAAUCGGGGAGCUGUGUUCAAAUUAUAAAGACUGUUAAAGGGAAUAAUUUGAAAAAGGUGAACCGGAAUGGUAACAGUUUACACUUUAUUGAUUAUCUCCAUGGGCAAUAUUCAAAUGAAAAGACAAAAAAGGUAUUUUUAGUGCAAGGAGACAACGGAUUUUAUUUAAAAAAUCAAAGCAAAAAUAUAAAGAAUAACGAAACAAAUUCAGAAAUUUACAAAGAAAGAAUGAUGAGUUUUUUAAAUAGGUGUGGAUCAGACGGUGUUUCAAAUCUUGAAACACCUAGUGUUAUGUCUGAGGGUGCUAUAAAUAGAAAUGAAGAAGUAAUAAUUGGUGAAAGCAAGGAGGUCCCACAAACUCCAGUUAGUUGGGAUGACUCAGUAAACUCUGUGUAUAACCAGAACAAUUUAAAUUUUGAUAAAAUCUUCAGCCUACGUAAAAAUACAAUGAAAGCUGAGAGUUGAUAUAUUAUAACAUUGAUUGAUGUUUUGGUAUUCUGUAGUCGAAUAACAUAAACCAAGUUAUGCAACACACUAAAAUGAUUUUGAUCGAAUCAAGAUUUAAAAGUAUUACACAUAUUAUAUACAUGAUUUUAAUGGUUAUAUCAAUAAUUAUCAGACAUAAUAUAUAUAUAUAUAUAUUCUUAAAUCCAUGUGUGUUCAUUAGAAUUAAAUUUUAAUGAUUUUUUUAACUUGUGUAUGAUUGGGAGACUGUAUGGCGUAUACAUUUAUGAAAUCUAGACCUUUCAAUUAUCUUUAAUUUUGAUAUAAUGUGGACUUUCAACAUGUCUAUUAGUUUUUAAAAUUUGAAAGGGUUCAAUUAGGAGCAGCAGACUCAAACAGCAUUUAUAAUUGUUUUAAAACAACAGUUAUUUUAUAAAGAGAUUAAGAAACAACACAAUCUGCAAAUCCUUGCAAGCAGUUCUGAGCUGUACUAUAUUGAAAUGUCACACUUAUUUAAGUAAUGAUCAACACACUUGGAAUUUUAACUAAAUUCUUGUGAUCAUUGGUAAAAAUUAACAUAUUUUUAUGUUAAUAAUAAUCCUUUAUUAAGUAUUAAAAUAAACAUUCAAAUUAUACUUGAUAUCUAAAAGAGGUGGUUAUUUUAAAACACUACUAUCAUAAUAUAUCUCACUGUGAUAGCUAUAUAGUAAAUAAUAGAUAAUAAGUAAAGUAUAGAACCCAGUCUACUCUUUAAUAUUUAAUUAGUAUGAUCAAUGACAAUCAUAUAUGUGUUUAGAAUGUCAUAUAAUAUGGAAAUGAUAUGUCCUUAUAUGUAUAAGGACAUAUAAUUUUCAGACUGAUAGCAGAACAGCAAAGGUGUGCUUAAAGACAAACCCCCUUAUUCAUAAUGGUCCCCUAACUUUAAACAACUGAUUAGGAGUGUUUUUUCUCAUUCUGACUUAGGUCAAUAGAAGAAGACAGAGUGAGAAUUAGCAAUGCUUUAAGUUAGCAGACUACUAUGAAUAAGGGGGAAGGUAAGCACACUUUUCUUCUUAGUCACAAGUCAACUGUCGCUGUCCGAAUCAGGUUAUAAAUUCAACACAUGUAACAUUAACUAAAUAAAUGUUUUAUAUUGCUGCUUAUUGACCAAAAUAUUCAAUACAACUGAAGUAAAUGUGGUUAAUGUUUAGAUAUCAUAGUUGAAAAGCAUAUUAUAGUGUAAUUCGUGGUACGUUCCAUAUUUCGACUUUGUUUUUAUGCAACAUAAUUUGUAUAUGUAUAGAAUGCCAUUGAGUAUGACAGUCUAAUUUGAUGCACAGUAGAACUUUUAUAAAAACUUUUCACAUAAAGUGGUGUGAAGUUGUCAACUUGCAAAUGAUUCUUUUGUAUAAUAUACCACAAGAAAGGUAAUUUAACAGACUAUAAAAGUAAAAAUAUUUAAUUUUUAUAAAAACUUUAUCUGUUUAAAGCCGUCAAAAUGCGGUCAGCCGUAAAAAUUAUCUGUAGCAGUCAAUUUAAAAAUUAUUUUUUGUAUUAUCUAUGAUGUUUUAGUAACUAUUCUAUUACUAAUUAGUAACUUUGAAGUAUGUUUAAGUUAUAAAAAAUUGCUACAUUCAUUAGUAAUAAUCGAAAUGUAAUCUGUAGGUAAAUCUACAAAAAUCAUAAAAAAUGCAUGACUACUUUAAACGAAAUUUGUUUAAAUUACUCAGUAUCUAUUGUUUAUGUAAUCUAACAAAGCGCUAGUUUGUUUAAUAACAAAAGCAUUGAUGUCCGUUUUUUUAAACAAGCCGAAACACUUCAAAAGCAAUAAAUUUUAUCGUAACACUAGCCCGUUGAAAUUGGCGUCGGUAACGCGCGGCGGCUUAAGACGCGCUUUGUGGCAGCUUUGCACCUCAGGGGGUGAUCUUUGAAUUGAUACUUUGUGAUAAUUGUAACAUUGAUAAUCUGGCUUAUGUAUACCCAGAGAUAUAUAAACUCAAUGGUUGUUAAAAACAGACUGAUGCAUUCAUUUUCAUAUGUUUACAUUCUAUUGAGAUUAUUGUACCAUAAACUGAUUUAAUAUAUCAUAUUUUUCAUGACAUAUUAUGAUAUGUGUCCAUAGUUAAUUUUGUAGCAAAGAGGAUGUAAAUACUAUUUAAUAAGAGGUGGGACUGCCUAAGUAAACAUUUACCCCCUUAUUCAUAAUGGUCCGCUAACUUUAAACAGCCGCUAAGGAGUGUUUUUUCUCAUUCUGACUUAGGUCAAUAGAAGAAGACAGAGUAAGAAUUAGCAAUGCUUUAAGUUAGCAGACUAUUAUGAAUAAGGGGGUAAAUAAUUAAUAUUAUAAUAUAAUAUAUUAAUAUAAUACUCUUUAGAUAAACACAUAAAUAGUUACCAUUGCAAGUACCUACAGUUUUUAAAUAUUUAUUCAAACAAUUACUGAAAUAUUUUAAUGUACUUUAUACUCAAAAACAGAUGUUUGUAUAAUUUAUUUUGUCAAUUAUUUAAUAAAAUAAACUGGAAUAUU